AUGGGCUUUGAUUCAAUCCACUACUCGCACCCUAGAACGUGUGGACAGGGAAGUCGUUGCUGUCGUGUUUGUUCCAAUAGGCAUGGUCUCAUCCGCAAAUACGGUCUGAACAUGUGCCGUCAAUGCUUCAGGCAAUAUUGUGCGCUUAUUGGCUUCAAAAAGCUUGAUUAA